UAAUCUAAAGGAAAAACUUAUAACCUCCUUGCUCUCUUCGAAUCCGUUAAGCGUACGAGCCCUAGAUUUCGAUCUAGGGUUUCUUUGCGCUCUAGUUCAAUUUUCAAUUCUGCUUUCAUUGGAUUCUGGGGGUUAAGUUGUUCUUACAUUAUUCCAUUUCCCACGAAUUAGAAAUCACAAAGAAAAUGGUGAGGGUGUUGAGAAGCUGCAUUCAAUCCAUAUUGAAGCUGGUGAACUCGGUGAUUGGGAUGGCCGGGUUAGCCAUGAUUCUGUACUCCGCUUGGAUGAUUAGGGUUUGGCAGAGGGAGAUGGGUGACCUCCCCUUUGGUCACGAUUCUGAUGAUUAUCCACCUCCAUGGUUCAUUUACCCGUUCCUUGGCCUUGGAGCGGUGGUUUUGUGUAGUAACUUAGGUCAUGUAGCUGCGCAAACUGCUAAUGGCUGUUGCCUGUAUUUGUAUAUGGUGUUUGUGGUUUUGCUUCUCAUGCUGGAGGCUGCAUUAACUGUUGAUGUAUUUGUGAAUCAGGACUGGGAGAAGUCAGGAUUCCCAAAGGACCCCUCUGGGAGUUUUGAUCAGUUCAAGAAUUUCAUCAGAUCAAAUUACGAGAUGUGCAAAUGGGUAGGCCUGUUUCUUGUUUCUGUACAGGGACUCUCUUUACUAUUGGCAAUGAUACUCAAAGCACUAGGACCACAUCAAUAUUAUGACAGUGAUGAUGAAUAUCCUGAACAGGUGCCACUCUUGAGAUGCUCCACCCUCAAUAUGUUGUUGUGUGAUCCAGGAUAUGCACAUGGAAAUGAAACAUGGAAUAGGGUAAGUGGCAAGGUAAACUAGAUUGGAAUUCUUUUCUUGAUCUUAACUUUCUUAUUUGAGUCGUCACGGAUUUUCUUUAUGAUUUAGUUUCACUACUACUCUGUUUAAGUACGUAUUAUCAUGCCCCAGUCUCAUUGUUAGGUGGUUUGAAUAGGCAAGUUGGCUUAUAGACCUGUACAAUCGGUGUAUACUUGAAAAUUUUGAAAGUGAUGAUGUAUUAGAUUGAAUCUUAGUA